AGUAAAGUCAAAGUGACAUAACGAAAUAUUAUCAAAAGUGUAAGUUUUGAGGUUAUGUUAUGAAAAACAAUAACUUUAUUUUGGGUUUUCACUGAAAGAACGGAGGAAGGAUAAAAACGGAGCUUCCAACUCCAAGAUGAAUUUCUUGCGAAAAGGGUUAUCGCUUCUUUCCAUUGGAUUAAAAACUCAGUGCUCACCAUAUCAAGCUAUCACAAACACUCAAUCACUAGUCCGCCAACCUGCCCCUCUAGCCAGCAUCCUCGCUGGCACAUGGCAACCUUCAUCCGGUCUGGUCUCGCGAGCCAUGGCGUCGCUGGCACAGAUGCACAAAACUGGCCCACACAUAAAGAAGAGGAAAUCCAGGAACCCCCUCAAUGGUCAUCCUUUUGCUAAGGGCGUUGUAUUAAAGACUCUAAUCAAGAAGCCGAAGAAGCCAAACUCGGCUAACCGCAAGUGCGUGCUGGUGCGGCUGUCGAGCGGCCGCGAGAUGGUGGCCUACAUCCCCGGCAUCGGCCACAACCUGCAGGAACACAACAUCGUGCUCGUCAGGGUCGGAAGAGUAAAGGACUGCCCCGGCGUGAAGCUAAAGUGCGUCCGCGGCAAGUUCGAUUUGCCGCACGUCAUCAAGCAGAAAGUUUAGCUAGUGUUAACCGUUGUAUAUACCUACUGUAGCCGAAAUUACAUUUAGAUUAAGUUAA